AUUGAAUGUUAACGUAGUGUAUGUCAUGUCAUGUGUUGUCUUAACAAAUGAGUCAAUGAGUGACUGAUUGACCACUUAUUGUGACAAUUGAUUAACAAUUGAAGACAUAAUCAAACCAUUGGAUCAGAUACUCAAUUAAGUCAAUCUUUUCUGUACACCAUUUGUUUGAUCAUAACAUGUGAUGUAUUAAUGUCGAGUCAGAAGAAAUGUAUAAUUAUUUUGAUGAUCCGAUCAAUUAAUGAUAACCUCUUUAUAAGCAAUUGAUUAUUGAAGUGGUUAUCACUAGAAGAUAAUGGAUUCAAAAAGUGGUUACAAUUCGUACUCAAUUAGUGGCCAAUCGAGUCAAUCGAGUUCUUCGCCGUCCAUCGACACAAAAGACUCGUUACAUUCGUCGCCAUCCAAAUCAAUGGCAUCCAAUUCAUUGACCACUACUUCAUCCAAUGAUAAGACAAAACCAUCGAUUGGUUUACGAUCGCGAAAUGCGGUGACAAAUGCUAACAAUGCUAGCGAUAAAACAAUUACUUCAUCGGAAGUGCCUUUAAUUAUUGGUGAAACUAUUGUCGGCAAUUUGCGGGCCCGAGACGUGACUUAUUUAUGUCCGUAUUUUGGACCAAUUCGUGGGACACUUUAUGUAACAAAUUACAAGUUAUACUUUAAGAGCAAUGAGAAAGAAGCGGAGGACCUAUCGGUACCGUUGUGUUGUAUCAGUCGCAUUGAAAAGGUCGGCGGCGCCACCUCUAAGGGCGAGAACUCGUAUGGCAUAGACUUGUUGUGCAAAGAUAUGCGAAACUUAAGGUUUGCUCACAAACAGGAAAACCAUUCGCGACGGGAUGUCUUUGAGACACUAACUCAGUAUGCGUUUCCACUCUCUAAUAAGUUACCGAUGUUUGCCUACGAAUAUUCGGCCAAAUUUGCUGUUAAUGGUUGGUCUGUUUACGCACCGAUCGCUGAAUAUAAACGAAUGGGUUUACCAAACGAGAGCUGGAAGAUCACCAAAAUUAAUGAAAAAUACGAGUUAUGUGACACAUAUCCCGCAGAUCUGGCCGUUCCGUCGGCAACCAGUGAUGACUACUUAAGAUCUGUUGCUAGCUUUCGUAGUCGUGGACGUCUACCAGUGCUGAGUUGGUUGCAUCCAGAAAGUCAGGCCAGUAUUACUCGAUGUUCACAACCUCAGGUGGGAAUGACUAAUAAGCGCAGCAGAGAUGACGAGUCGUACAUUCAGAUGAUAAUGGAUGUCAAUGCACAGUCACAUAAGAUCUAUAUAAUGGACGCCCGACCCAUUGCUAAUGCUGUGGCCAACAAAGCUCGUGGCGGAGGUUAUGAAAAUGAAGAACUUUAUCGGAACGCAGAAAUCAACUUUUUGGACAUUCCUAGCAUUCAUGUGAUGCGAGAAAGUCAACGAAAACUUAAAGAAUUAUGUUUUCCUGCAAUCGGUGACGAACAGCACUGGUACUCCAAUCUAGAGGCUACCCAUUGGUUGGAACACAUCCGUACCAUUUUGUCCGGAACUUUAAGAAUUGUUGACAAAAUUGAAAACAAUAAGACAUCAGUUGUGGUUCACUGUAGUGAUGGUUGGGACCGAACCGCCCAAUUGACCAGUUUAUCGAUGCUUUUACUUGAUCCGUAUUAUAGAACAUUGAAAGGGUUUGAAGUUCUGAUUGAAAAAGAAUGGAUUAGUUUUGGCCACAAGUUUGCCCAACGUUGCGGUCACGGAGAGGACAAACACUCAGAUGAUAACCGGUCGCCAAUAUUCUUGCAAUUUAUUGACAGUGUUUGGCAAAUAACUAAACAAUUUCCAAAUGCCUUUGAAUUUAAUGAAUAUUUUUUGAUAACAAUUAUGGAUCACUUAUAUGGAUGUCUGUUCGGAACAUUCCUUUGUAACUCAGAAUAUCAGAGAUAUAAAGAAGAAGUAAAAAGUAAAACCAAGUCGUUGUGGUCUUUCACUAACAGUGAAGAAAAUAUCGAUAACUUUAAGAAUCCUUUGUAUACCAAUUAUGCCAAACAUCACGUACUGAUGCCAGUGGCAAGUAUUCGGCGCAUUCAGUUAUGGACAGCAUAUUUCUGUCGUUGGAAUCCUAAUCUUAGACCACAAGAACCAAUUCAAACGAGAAAUAAAGAAUUACUUUUAAUGCGCACCGAAAUCAAGAAAAGAGCCGAUGAUUUGCAGAAAGAAUUACAGACAAAGUUAAGCCGAAUCGGUGGAAACGGUGCCAAUAGUAAUACAUCUACCAGUGCUAAUAGUGGUGCCAAUGUAGCCAUUGCUGGCUCUUCUAAUAAUUCCGGUGUUACCACUACUACAGGAUUGGGUCGAAUAACUUCAGUCAUCUCAAUAUAAUAUUUUCAUUUAGCGUAAUAUACUUUUUUGUUCUGUUGCCUAAAAAAAAGUGGAAACUAUUUCAUUUGUAUCGACCAAAUGUUGACAAUUAUUAUGAACUCAGUGUGAAAAACAUAAUAUCAUUAAUCAACAAAAUCUAC